AUGCACUCGCUACAAUUCGCGGGGUGUGUGCUUGCUGUCUGUGUAUCAGCCGUCGCCGUGUGCGCUGCCCUGGUCGUGCGGUUCAAAAGCCCCAAGCCGCGCCCGCGCAAAGACAGCGAAAAUUAUUUCAUCUGCAUCGACGAGAAGCACGAACGGCAGCGACUCGGCAAUCUGGACAGCAGCGCAACAGUGGACUUGUCGAUAAUCGUGCCUGCGUACAAUGAGGAAGAACGGCUGCCGGUGCUUCUGAACGACGUCCGCAACUACGUGGCAAAGCGGCGAGAGAAGAGCUUUGGGUUCUCCUAUGAACUGAUAAUCAUGGAUGACGGCAGCAAGGACAAAACACUGGAUAUGGCUAUGGAGUUUGCGCGCACGCACGGUAUCAAGGAGCUCAAGGCAGUCAAGCACGUUAUUAAUCGGGGUAAGGGCGGGGCGGUGACCCAGGGCAUGCUGUGCGCGCAGGGGCGCUACCUUAUUUUCUGCGAUGCUGACGGGGCCACGCGCUUCAGCGACAUUGAUGCUCUAUUGGAUUGCGCGCAGAAGAGCGAGCGUGAUGGGUUGGCGAUUGCCAUUGGAUCGCGCAACAACCAGGCAUUGUCCGGAACGGUUGUCGAGCGCAGCCAUAUCCGGGCGUUUCUGCAGUGGGGGUUCCACACCUAUGUGACUAUCUUGGGCGUGCGUGGGGUUCGCGAUACGCAGUGUGGAUUUAAGCUAUUCAGUCGCAAGGCUGCUCGAUUGGUGUUUCCCAAUAUGCAUGUGGAGAGGUUUAUCUUUGAUAUUGAGAUUCUUUUGCUUGCGCGGUACCAGGGCAUCCCCGUUGUCGAGGUGCCUGUUAAUUGGCACGAAGUUGCUGGCAGCAAAAUGUCCAUCGUUCGUGAUUCGAUCCAGAUGGCGCUGGACUUGCUUGCUGUGCGCCUGAACUACAUGCUGGGCAACUGGACGAUUUCCAACAAAUAG